AUAGAAUGUAUUUUUCACACUAAUUUAUAAGUCAUAGCAAACUAGACUAAGAGUGGAGGUCGUGUUGAUUUGAAUAGCCAUGCUAUCUUUUAUAAUGUGCUCGAUAUUAUUUUAGUUUAUCAGAGCAAGUACGGUAAGCACCCGUUGUUAGAGUGGCGUCCCUUGUUUUGAAUCUAUGCGCAUGUCCGACAGACUGUUUACAAAUGAAAGGUGCUGCAUGCCGGCGAAUGAUUGAAUAGGAACCCCACUGGGAACUGUUCAUCGACGAUCAGCAUGGAACAACUCCCACAGGAAGUCGAUUUAUACAGAUGUGUUAUCGGGAAACACACCCUGAUUUUGCAGCUAAAAAUACCUGCAGAUAUUGCUUUGUCUCGCGAUAGCAUAGACUGUCACAGUCCCAAAGGCACACAUCAUUCCAAGAUUUUGGGCAAGAGGUUUUUUAAGCAAAGGUUGGGUCCCAUGGGAGGGGUCCCCUGGGGAUAGCUUUGUUACAAAGCAAUUCAAUAUUCAUUUCCGUGACGUAGCCGAAUCCCACAUGCUGUGCCUUCAGCUUUCAGAGAAAUAUUAUCACGACUGGUUCGCUGUAGUGCCGAGAGUCGAGGGAGGCCCAGGGAAGUGGGUUUGCUCGACACGCCGCUGUGUGCCCGCCAGCCCGCCAGUUCGGCUUGAGGAUACCGGGCCUAGGUUCACAUAUAAAAUGUAGAUUAUCCAGCAAGUGUCACAACUUGUACAGUGUGAGGCGCAGUUAUAAAACACAUCAGACGUUGUCUCCCGAGCGGACACAGGUGAACAACGAAAUACCAUGAGCUUUAAACUUUCAUGCGACACACGUUAAUCAGGUUUAAUUAAUGAGUAACGACUGUGAACUCUGACAUUCUCAUUUACACGUUCUCUACCCCCAAUAUGGAUUUGCUACCGCCGGCUGAUUAGCGGCACAACAGCAAGACCUCCCGGGGCGGCGGGACCAGGUAACAGGACCAGCCGUGGCCAGGUGCGACAUCCCGGGGUUUGACACAUCUGUGUGACACGGCGAGUCAGUGUCCAGUUUAUAUUGACCAGCCUCAUGUCUAGGAGAAAGCAGGCCAGACCUCGCUCUUGUAAACGAUUAGGAGAAGAGGAUGAUGAUGUUGAAGGAGAGAUGGAACCAGUCCUUGAGGACGAGAAUGUUGAAGAAGAACCUGUGGCCAAGAGAUUGUGUGUGGCAGAAAAUGUCGAACCGAGUGACAAUGGCCUCAAGUUGAGCCACAACUCUGAUGUAGAGGGUGUUGUCAAUGGUAACCGUUCAGACUCCGGAGACACAGGAGAGUUCCAUUGUGACACGUGCGGGAGUUUAUUUGGAAACCUUGAGCAGUUUAUGGACCAUAGGAACUUUGAGUGUGUUCCAGAGUAUGAGGGAGAAAACCAUGCAUGGACAAUAGAUAACUUGGCAGUAAACAUGGGUCCACCGGAGUCCCCACUGUCGUCCGAGUCUCUAGGGGACAGUCCACUGUCUGCCCUCGACUGCCCCCUGUCACCCGCCUCAGAGAACAUGACCCCGGACCAGGUCCCCUCGGGAGUUGGAGUGUCUGAUGCCAACCCUUACGGCUGUCAGUUCUGUGAGAAAGCCUUCCCGAAGCUCAGCUAUCUAAAAAUACACGAACAGGUUCACAGUGACCAGUUACCAUUCAAAUGUGCAUUUUGUAGUCGUCUAUUCCGACACAAGCGAAGCCGGGACCGUCACGUCAAGCUACACACAGGGGACAAGAAAUACAAGUGUUCUCAGUGUGACUCAGCUUUUGCAAGGAGUGACCACCUGAAGAGCCACCUUAAAACCCAUGAGAACGGAAAACCAUUUCAGUGUACUAUAUGUAACCGUGGUUACCAAACUGCUGCAGGCUUGACCUCCCAUGUAAUGACCCAUAAGAAGGGGAGUGAUUUGAGCUCCGAUGUACAGUGCCAUAUCUGUAAGGAUGUGUUUACUUCCCUGGCUGAGGUACAAACUCACAUGCUGGUUCAUCGUGAGGAGAGCAUCCCAGGCAAGUCUACAUUCCAGUGUCCUUACUGUGGAGAUACAAGUCCUAAUCAGGAUGCCCUCAAACUUCAUGUGGAACAGAUGCACGUUGCUGAUCAGCUGACCAACUGUCCCAUCUGUCAGAAGUCAUGCGUGAACACUGAUGAUCUGGUACAUCACAUGGCUUCCCACGACCUACUAUCUGUUGAUCGUAUACCCACUGAUGACCAUGACCUCACGGGCUCUACCACCGGGGCCACAUCCAGCCUCACCCACUCUCUAGGUGGUCAGCCCUUGGUCAGUGAGAUGCUUGUAUGUCCAUAUUGUUUCAGUAGUGAUUAUGAUUCUCUGGAAAUCCUCGAGAUACACAUGCAGAGUGUACACUCAGUAAAACCCACAGAGGUUUAUACCUGUAACUACUGUAACGCCCCCUACCAGAACUUGUAUAGUCUGCACGAACACAUGCGAGCAGUCCACCAGAAUCAACCUUGCAUGGACAUCAAGUAUCCCUGUACCCAUUGCUCUCGUCAGUUCUCUAGCAUAGAGAAUCUCCAACAACACAAGAAGCUCAUCCAUUACUACGAGCGUCGGGAGAGGAGCGAGUCGCGGAAUUCACUCUACUGUAUUAUGUGUUCAAUGUCAUUCCAGUCGGCUGGUUCACUUCAGGAACACAUGGCCAUGAUGCAUCACUCCUCACCCAAGUCUGAACCCAAGUAUACUGACACAAAGUCUCACUCAAGCGCCAGCAACAAGCGCCGCUCCUCACUGAUGAACCAUGGGUCAGACGGGGGAUACCACCAGAAACGGGAUAAUGACAAAUCAUUUAAUAGACGUGGUAUCAACAUGCCGCUCAGCUUCACCUCUACCCCAGACCCCCAUAAAGAUCGAAUACCCACAACUUCACCUUUCCAGGAACAGAUAACCUGUGACCACUGCAAUGCCACAUUCCAUGACAGGAAGAACUUCCAAGCCCACAUAAAGCUCCACAUGGACAGCAGUUCCGGUGGACAGUACUGCUGUAAACUGUGUAAGCAGCAGUUCCCCACUGAGGAACAACUGGAGAAGCACAGCUCCAGUCACUUCCUUAGUAUGACUACCGAGUAUGGCUGUACCAGCUGUGUCAAGUUCUUCUCCAAGCCAGACGAGCUCCAGAAACACCUGAUGGAUAUACAUGCUCACCACUUGUACAGAUGCUCACUAUGUAAGGAAAUCUUUGACUCCAAGGUCAAUGUACAGGUGCACUUUGCCAUCAAACACAGUAACGAGUGUAAGCUGUAUAAAUGUACCAAGUGUGACUCUGUGUUCAGGUCCGAGAUGGAGUGGCAGGUUCAUGUUAGAGUGAACCAUCUGCAUGUGGCUAAACCAUACAGGUGUCUUUUCUGUAAAGAGAGCUUCUCAUCAGAGAUGGAUCUUCAGUGUCAUCUGACCACACACAACAAACCCUUCAGGUGUCCGAUGUGUGACGAGUCCUUCCAUGUAGAGUACCUCCUAGACAAGCACAUGCAGAAUAUACAUGGCAAUCCUACAGAGAAAGGCAUUCCUCCACCACCUCCACAAAUGUCUCCUGUCAAAAUCAAGGUAGAACGGGAUGUUGAUACUCCAGGUUACAACGAUCGGACACCUCCCCACCCCAGCCCCAGGUACUCCCCAAAGAAUUUAAAUGGGCCAGGGAUCUGGAAGAGCUCAGAGUUGCUACACACAUGUAACAUCUGUGACAUGAAGUUUGAGCAGCUGGCGUUAUUACAAGCUCACAAAGCUGUGGAUCAUGGUCUCUCAGCUAAAAAGUCGAGUACAUCCAGUGCUUCUGUCAGUCCUGACCAGAUUUCGGCCAUGAAAUCCGAGCCAGAUCACCAGCCAAUCAGAAAGCCAGCUAUACCUGCAGCUUCUGUAGCAUCUGUGGCCCCUGCUGUUUCUAUGGCAUCAUUAGCAUCUAUCACAUCAGCGGCCAUGUCUUUACAGGAACACCUUCAGGCAGAAACUCCCAUAAUUCCUUCUGCUAAUUGUCACUCUCCUGUAACCUCCAAAUCCAUGUCACUGCCUGUUGUAGUCAUCAGUGAGAAGCUAAGCUUGGCCUGUAUGUAUUGCAGUCAAACCUUCAAGAGUAGAGGUGACAUGGACAAACACAUGAAGAUUCACCAGAACAAUGGCAGCCAGAAGUGCAACAUCUGUGAUCAGGUGUUUCCCACCUCCAGUAUAUUGGCUGAGCACAAACUCACCCACUGCAAGAUUGUACAGGGCAAUAGUUGUGUGCUUUGUAAAAUCCCCCUAAAAAACGAGGACCAGUUCUAUGUUCACACACAGGAGCACGGAUUCCAGGGUACUUUCAUGCAAUGUCUCAUAUGCCGGCAGACACUGGCAUCUAUGGUAGAGUUGCAGAUGCAUGGCAAACACCAUUUCCAGGUCAAGUCCAGCUUUUACACAUGCUGUGUCUGUCUCAAAACAUUUAACUCCAAAGAAAACCUGGUGUCAAAGAUGAACAGCAGUGGAAGAACAUACUACGUAUGUAAACCUUGUUACCAUGGUGAACACUCUGAGUACUUAUGUUCCGAGUGUGGAGCAAGUUUCCCCACCAAUGGGGAGCUCGACACACAUAUUGGUACACACAAGAAAAGCUACCAGUGUAUAAAAUGCCAGGAGUCAUUUAGUAGUGAGUACGAGAUUCAGUUACAUGUGGCUACACACAUGAUGACGGAGGGCAAUGUCCAUGAUUGUAAGCUUUGCUCACGAACAUUUGAGUCACCAGCCAAGCUACAGUGUCAUCUUAUAGAUCACACCUACAGAAACUCAGAAUUCAGGUGCAGUGUUUGUUGUAAGAUAUUUGCUAGUUCUGUUGAGAUACAAAGCCAUGCUAUAGAGCAUGGGCCAGGUGCCCGGCGUUACGGAUGUAGCCAGUGCAACCAGAAGUUCUUCUUUAGUGCUGAGCUGGAGAAUCAUGCAUUCAUGCACACAGUCGGGGAAAAUUCUGUAUCUCUGAACUCAUCAGAUCUCACCUGCACCGAGUGUAACAAGACAUUUAGUAACAGUGUCAAUCUCAACAACCACAGGAAGAUCCACGAGCACAACGAAAACAACUUCAAGUGUAAUCUGUGUGCUGAGGCAUUCCACAGUAUGGGAGCUUUGCAGAGCCAUUUCUACUCCUGCCACUCGGAACUCGACAAACAAACCUACAGGUGUCCGGAGUGUGACAAGGAGUUCCCUUCUCUGAGUAACCUACAGAGUCACCUAAGGAUACACAGGCUAGGGAAGGAGAAUCGUAAGACUCACCUGCGUCCCCACCCAGGAGGAAAGCCAUUCCUCUGUCCAGUGUGUGGCAAGUCAUUUGCCAGGAAAUGUCAAAUCAAGGAACACAUGAGAGUGCAUUUUGCUCAGGAUUCCAGUCAGAUGGCCGACAUGCAGAGCUUCCUGGAUAUAGAAGGGAAUAGUGACAGUGCCAGUAUUACCAGUGAGGACAAUGGCUUUGACCCGGUCUCGGACAUGUCAUACUCCGAACAAGAUGGUGGACAAACUGGAGAGGCCAACAACAGCUCUCUCGCCCCUAAUGACGUAAACAAUCAUGUUGAAGGGGGAAGGCAAAAAGAACAGUCAGCUGUUUUUUGAAAUUUUAAUUAUUAAAAGGAGAGUUGCUGUAUUUUUUAAAGUGUUUUAUCAUGAAGUCCAAGAGGUGGGAGGAGGGGGAGAUCAAGAGAAUUGUUGGCUGUUUAUUGAACACUGAUAUAAAUCUGUCAGUCAAAACGUUACUGUGAUGGAACAGAAAUAAAGAGAAAGUUGAUGUUCUAUUUAAGUGUGAACUACUGAUUGAGAGGGUAGGUUUAUAGCAUCGGUCAAGGACUUUAUAUAUCUAACUGUGUUGACAUGGAAUGUACUGUCACCUUUCAGGAAAUGUAGACAAGUUUUGUGUUUUUAUUUCAAUGCCUGUGAAUUAAUUAAAAAUAUUUUAGACAGAAUUUUAGCAAAUUAUAAUUGUAUGAUAUUUACAGUGAUCAGAAUUUUUCUUAUGGUUUUUGAUGUAUUGGUAUAUCACUACAUCAACAUAAAGAGCAAUUUACUGUAUGUUUCAAAAGAAACAGCCAGGCUCUUAUAAAUGAUCAAGUGCUCAGAACAUACAGACAUUCCAGCCUAACUAGGUAACAGAGUGAUUUUAUUGCAGACAUUGAGAGUGUCCUUCUAUAUAUGGUAGUAACAUAGAUAAAGUGAAUGUAAAAAAUCUGUUAGGACCUGGCUAACUCCGCCAAUAAGCCCACCCAUGUCAAUUACAUCUCAUUGAAAAUAUUUUCAAAUAUUACCCAUCCCUCAAAAUGUACAUGACGACCUCCUGGACUUACGUCUACAAUAUCCUGUUGUAUUUUUAACUUAAUACUUUGAAUCUGGUAAUAAGUGGUUUAUAGGUUUCAAAUUAAUUAUGUAACCUAUUUUGUGAAAGUUUACAUCAUUUAUAUCACAGGGACUAACUGGUAGUGAAUUGCCGACCUUAACAUCGGUGUUUACUAGACUGAGAUUCCUCUGACCCAGACACCAUGUCUGGUGUAGGUCAAGAACGCACUAGGUCUAUAUGAAAACGUGAAAUCCUCCAACACUGUUUGGUGUCAGGGCCAGAGGAAACUCGGGCUACAGUGUUUACCUACUGUGUUAAGGUUUGUAAUUUGCUACUGAUCCCUUGGAGUUGUAUCUUUAAGGCUAGCUGAGAAAUUAUUUAUAAAGCGAAUACCUACCAUAUUCUUUCUUUUUCUUGAUUUUUAAUGAAAUGAUGAAGGAUUAGCAUCACUGCUUCUGUUAGGGUGAAAUGUGAGGUCAGAUGUCAUUCUUUUUAUUUUGUAUAAACACCGUUCACUAUAUCAAUUGAUUGUAUGUCUUAUAAGAAACAGCCAGGCUCAUAUAAAUGAUAAAGUGCUCAGAACCUACAGACAAAAUAUACCUGCAUAACUAGCUGAAAAAUAUAGCUAAUACCUAUCAUAUUCUUUUUAAUGAAAUCAUGAAUGACCAUUAUCUAAUUAGUGUGUCACGGCUUCCGUUAGGGUGACACUGGGAGGCCAGGUGUCAUUCUUUUAUUUUGUAUUAACACCAGUUCAGAUAUGCUUGUAUACUUUGUUAUUAGAUGUAAUGGUAUUUAAAAUUAUAUAACAAAAAACAAAACAAAAAACCAAAACAGGCAACCAAAACCCUUGUUAAAGACACUGUUUUGAAGCACCUAUAUUGUGUAUUUUUAUCAGUUAUAAUUUUUUGCCUGUAGUUUGCUACACUUUUUUUUAUCUUGUUAAGUGCUAUACCUGUUUUGGUACAAUUGUAUGCUGAUAAUAGCAUUUUAAUUUUUACUCAACAGUUCAUUUUUUUUGUAUUAUGUUAUUGCUGAAGUGUAAAUUGUUAAAAACAAAAUCAAUUAUAAUGAAACUGCGAAUAAAAAAUGUA